GCUGCUUUCACCUCACUCCUCAAUCCGUCUCAUUAUCAUUAUCUCGUCGAGUGAUUUUGCGCUCUUUCGUUCUUCUCUCUCCUCGUCCAAUCCUUCCUCUCCCUCCAACCGCUGGCAACCAUGUCGUCUUCUCAAAUCCCCGUCUGGUUGGAUUGUGACCCAGGUCAUGAUGACGCCUUCGCCAUCCUCCUGGCCGCCUACCAUCCCAAUAUCAAACUUCUGGGCAUCUCAACCGUCUUCGGCAAUGCUUCACUCGAAAACACCACACACAAUGCUGCAUCACUCCUCACCGCCAUCGGCAAGCACAAGGACAUUCCCCUGCACGUUGGCCUAUCCAAAGCUCUCGAGCGGCCGGCCAUUCACGCGCCUACGGACAUCCACGGCGAAUCCGGCCUAGACGGCACCGAACUUCUCCCCAAGCCCCUCACUACCCCGUCCUCUGUCCCCGGAGUAGAGGCCAUGGCCGAAGCCAUCCGCGCCCAGGAACCCGGAACCGCUUGGAUUGUCGCUACCGGCGCGCUAACUAACGUUGGUGCUCUCUUCCGUAGCUAUCCGGAGCUCAUCCCGCAUAUCAAGGGGCUGAGUCUCAUGGGCGGUUCUAUUGGCGGUGGCUUCUCCGAUGCGCCUCUAGGUAUGGUGGACGGGCACGCUAGGAUCGGCAACUAUACACCAUGGGCUGAGUUCAACAUCCUCGUUGACCCCGAGGCGGCGGCAACCGUGUUCCAUAAUAAGGAAAUUGCAGCUAAGACAACAGUUGUGCCUCUGGAUCUUAGUCACCAGGUGCUGGCGACACCUGAGGUGAGGGAGAUGCUGCUGUACGGGCCCGAGAGCGACAAGACUGGCCCCGGCAAAACGACACUGCGGACCAUGCUUGUCGAGCUUCUGUAUUUCUUCGCAAAGACCUACGCCGACACGUUCGGAAUCACCGCCGGACCGCCGCUCCAUGACCCCCUAGCCGUUGCCGCCGUACUCCUCGGCACGGACGGCGAGAUCCCCUUUCUGGAGUGGGAUGCCGCGCGCAGCCACGGUCCGGAGCACAAGGAACGCUUUGAGGUGACGGUCAUCACUGAGGGCACAUUCGAGGAGGCCAAGGCCGGCAAGCAGACCGGUCGAACGCUCGCCAAGGCACUGUCUCCAGGUGAAGAGGGUGUGAGAAUCCCGCGUGGAGUGGAUAUUCCCAAGUUUUGGCAAGUCAUCGAGGAGUGCAUUGAGCGCGCGGAUGCGGCCAACCAGGCUCAAGGGCAGUAAAUGGACAAAAUGGGACAAUAGAGGGGUUUAUCACGGGUAGUGUACUCAUAGGACAUAGA